AUGCCCUCCAGAACCAUCAAACUCUCCGACAAAGCUGCACUGCCCUUCAAGACCUCUAAUAAGCAAAGGCGACAAGAACUACAUCUCAAACGAAAACGCGCAAGAGAUGCAUGGAAAAGAGCGGAGCGAUUCGGCCGCAAGAAGGAAGAGGCAAAGAAUCCCAAAUUAAGAGAACAACGGUUACGGCAAAAUAUCCCCGUGACUCUGGACCAAAAGCGAGUAUACGACCAAGUCGAGAACGAGCCAGAGGAUGGUGGCCUGGGAGUGGUCUACGACGUGGAGACAUUGAAGAGGAGAAAGUUAGCUGAAGAACAGGAACUCCCAGCGGACGGGCCGGGAGAUGCGGAAGGAGAAGGACUGGAAAAUGGAGAGGACGGGGAAGACGAUGACUCGAUGCUGGCGGAGAGCGACGAAGAAGACCUCGAGCCAGACAACCUGGAUGAAACUAUGCAGGACCCUCUCCCAUCUAAAUCUCAAAUUCACUCGCCCAGCACAAGAAUACAAGAUCGUGCAACCUCACCGACUCGCUCGACAACGUCAGCCAAUUUAUCUCUCGCGCCAGCUGCCCUGGCGGCAAAAUUCCCUACCCUCUUCCUGUCUGCCGAUGCUCCUCCAUCUCCACCUCCAAAGAUCCUCAUAACGACAUCUCUCAACUCGACUCUACACGACCAGGCGGCAAUCCUGACCUCUCUGUUCCCGAACUCCAAGUAUAUCCGCCGCUCGUCCCAUCGGUAUGGCUACAAGUUCUCCGUGCAGGAGAUCUCCUCCUUCGCACACCACCACGGCUACACGGCGGUGAUUGUGCUGGAAGAAGACCAGAAGAAACCAUGCGGCAUGACCAUUGUCCACCUGCCCGUCGGACCGACCUUCCACUUUUCCAUCUCAAACUGGUACACGGGGAAAGCGAUCCCUGGCCACGGUCGCGCGACAGGACAUAUUCCGGAACUGAUACUGAACAACUUCACCACGCCGCUGGGCCUGUUGACCGCACAUCUCUUCCGGUCCCUGUUCCCCGUCUCACCAGACCUGCAAGGGCGUCAGGUGCUGACCUUGCACAACCAGCGCGACUACAUCUUCCUCCGACGCCACCGGUAUAUCUUCCGCGACAGGCGUGAGACGGAGAAAUCAGUCGUCGGGCCUGAUGGGAAGGAAGUUAAAGGAGUCGAAGGCAUCAGGGCUGGGCUACAGGAACUAGGCCCGCGUAUGACCUUGAAGUUGAGACGGGUGGAUAAAGGUAUUCAACGGCGUAGCGGGCAGGAUUGGGAAUGGAAAGCAAAAAUGGAGAAGUCGAGGACAAAAUUCCAACUUUAA